AUGUCUCUUGGGAGUAUCCUCAGGAUGCUAUCGGAGCUGAGUGAAUGGUUCUGGCAGGAGUGGCUGUGGUUCCCAGAGGGUCUGGGCUGGGCUGACCUUGAGGAUCGGGAUGGUCGAGUAUAUGCCAAAGGAUGCGACCUGUGGGUGGCUCUGCCCAUCGCUCUUGUGUUUCUCAUUAUCCGUCAGAUCUUUGAAAGCACCAUGCCUGAGCAGAAGUCUCCCCCACCUUCAGACGAACACGUGAUCAUACUGUUUAUGGACAGUACAAACCAGGAGCUGAAACACCUUAUCCUGGAGGCAGCUGACGGCUUCCUGUUUGUGGUGUCGUGUGAGACGGGUCGCAUUGUUUACGUUUCAGAUUCCGUGACACCUGUUCUCAACCAACCACAGUCUGAAUGGCUUGGUUCUUCCCUGUAUGACCAGCUCCAUCCAGAUGACACAGAAAAACUCAGGGAACAACUCUCUACGACAGAGACAAACAACACAGGGAGAAUGCUGGACUUGAAGACAGGAACAGUAAAGAAGGAAAGCCAGCAGUCUUCAGCCAGAAUGACUAUGGGAGCCCGUCGAUCAUUUAUCUGUAGAAUGAGAUGUGGUUCGUGUUCAGUGGAGCCAUUGUCUAUGAACAGAUUGAACCUCCUUAGAAAUAGAAACAGGAUUGGUUUGGGUGCAGCCAAGGAAGGGGAGCCACAGUACGUCGUGGUCCACUGUACCGGAUACAUAAAGUCUUGGCCUCCUGCAGGAGUGUCAUUAUCAGAAGAUGAAUCAGACAACACUCAGGGGAGUCGCUACUGUCUCGUUGCCAUUGGGAGAUUACAGGUCACUUGUUGUCCUGGUGACACGGAUACAAAUAGUAUUAAUGUUCCAGUGGAGUUCAUCUCACGCCAUAACUGCCAAGGCAUGUUCACCUUUGUAGACCACCGCUGCAUGUCUGCUGUGGGCUACCAGCCACAGGAUUUGCUGGGGAAGAACAUUUUAGAGCUGGCUCAUCCAGAAGAUCAGGGCUUAUUGAGAGACAGCUUCCAACAGGUGGUGAAACUGAAAGGCCAGGUUCUGUCAGUGAUGUUCCGGUUCCGCUCUAAAUCAAGAGAGUGGAUGUGGAUGAGAACUAGUUCCUUCACGUUUCAAAACCCUUUUUCAGGGGAGAUCGAGUAUAUCAUCUGUACCAAUGUCAAUGUGAAUAGAAACUCAACUCAGGACCCACUCACCCCCAUCUCCUCUCCAGGGGGUUCACUGCCCCCAUCCCUUGGUCAAAACAGCCCAAAAGGUCCUGCUGUGGUUCUCAGCCCAGGGCAAGUGACCACCAGGCAGCUGCAGCAGCAGCAGCAGGCAGAGCUGGAAGGAGGUGGAGCAAGAGAGGCUCUGUACGAAGCCGGACCAGUCACUCUCUCACAGAGGCCAGUACAGCCAGUAAGUGCUGCAGGGCCAGACCACAGCAAGAGCCUUGAGAAGCCAGAGCUCUACCCCUCCUUAUUCUCAGGCCCAGGCCAGAACAAAGGUCUACCUUCCACAUCAAGUCCCUCCACCCAGAUCUACCCAGCAGCCAACAACUACACUACUGGCCACUCCAGUGAUGCAUACAGGGGAGGUGGUAUGACCCCACAGAUGGCACAGCCGGCUCACUCAGCUGGGCAGAUGCUGGCUCAGAUGUCCCGUCAGAAUGGAGCCCCUCAGUCGGUUAACUCUUCCAAUACUGGCAGCCCCCUUCAUGGAGGAACAUCAGGAGGAUGGGCUGCAGCUGGACCCGGAGCUGCAGCUAGGCCCGCCUUCAGUAACCAGCAGGUGGCACCUCAGGCAGCAAAGACAAUGUCUCCACCAUUUGCUGCUGUGGGAGGUUUUGGAGGUGGAUCAUCGAACUCCUUUGGCCAGAUGCCCACAGCUGCUGCCCCCACCCCUAGUAGUGGCACAAACUACCCACCCAUUAAUGCUCGUCCCAACCUCAACACUAAUGGUUAUGAUGGUUCAGAGUCUGGGGCUCAGUUCCCGUCCCGAGCAGCCGAGGCAGUGUGGCCUCAGUGGCAGGGCCAGCAGCACUCGCAGAAUAAUGUAGAACACCAUCCACACGCUCAGGCAAACCAGCAGGAUAUGUUUCCUGAGGUGUUGUCUCUGCUUGACCAGCCUGCCACUUUCAGCGGUGAAGACUUUGAGAUUCCAAUGUACCCUUCAUUUAAUGAGUGACCCGGCCAAUCCUGCCACCCUCCACCUUUUUUUGUUUUAACCUUUUUGUUUAUAUUUAGCUCUUCUGCUCCAUUUUCAUUUGGCAUUCUUGCUCCUGUGAGUAGCAGUCUUCCCUUUGCUUUGCAUGGCUUAAUUUGCACUAUCAUACACCAGUUAAAGAUGGAGAUACUUCUGGCCAUAUAUAUGUGAGGAGACUCAAAGACUUGGUACUAACCACAAGAGAGGUUAUUAUAACAAUAUUACAGCCAUUUUGAGAAUCAUGUAGCUAGCACUGCCCAAAGCUCAGUAAGUUGUUCUAGAUAUGUUCUAUGUUAAUGUAUAAAAACGCACAAUCACCCAUCACCAUGAACAGACUGCACAACUAAAGAAGUAGGCACGCGCACGCUCA